AUGAACGGAAAAGGUUCAAGACCUUUGUUGCAAACAGACGGGUCCGUAAUUCAUGAGGUGACGUCACCACAUGACUGGAGGUAUGUACCCUCUAAGAGUAACCCUGCCGACAUGGCGUCAAGAGGUAUUGAUCCGCAAGAGAACGAAAGGCUUGAGACAUGGUUGUCUGGCCCGAAGUUCCUUAAAGGUAACGAGGCAGAGUGGCCAGCUAAGGUAAGUAACAUAACCUUGCACGAGGAUGACAUAGAGCUCAAGCCUGAGGCUAGCGUACUAAACACACAAGUGAAGCGUGAUUCGAGCAUGGGUACGUUGCUAAGUAAGUUUUCCGACUGGCAUAAGCUACAAAGUGCAGUCGGUUGGCCACUCCGUUUCAAGUGGCUUUUAAUGCAAAAAUUCCUGCCGAAAAGGCGAAGUCUUCGUAACAGGGUAAGUAGUAAAAUCUUAAGUGCGAUGGAAAUGCAAAUGGCACAGAUGGCCAUAUUCAAACUAGUUCAAACACAGACGUUUGAAAACGAAAUGUGUGAAGUGAAGGCUAACAGUCGAGUUUCGAAUUCGAGCUCUUUGAAAAGGCUAUGUCCUAUAUUAAAGGAUGGUGUUUUGCGAGUAGGUGGGCGAGUAGAAUUGUCCGACCUGCACGUAGAUGCCAAGCAUCAAAUCAUUCUACCAAGUAGCCAUCACGUGACUAGAAUCCUGAUACAGAAAUACCACGAACAGAAUGCGCAUAUGGGUCCGGUACAUAUUUUGUCUUUAUUGCGGCAAAAGUAUUGGAUAAUUCACGGACUGCAAACUGUGAAGUCAGUCCUUAGCCAGUGUAUUACGUGUAAACGACAGCUGCAACGACCGGAAGUUCAACAGAUGAGCGAUCUUCCAGAAGAAAGACUCACUCCGGACAUGCCGCCAUUCACCUAUGUAGGAGUUGACUAUUUCGGACCUAUGUUCGUAAAAUCAGGUCGGAAACAUUACAAAAGGUAUGGUUGUCUGCUUACAUGUCUGACAAGCAGAGCUGUGCACCUUGAAAUUGCACACAGCCUAGAUACAGAUUCGUUUUUAUGUGCAUUGCAGCGAUUCAUUAGCCGUAGAGGACGUCCGACAAGAUUUUCAGCGACAAUGGUAAGAAUUUUGUAG